UUAGACAGGCCAGAGGAAGAGAGAGAAAGAGACAAACUACGUCAUGAGCGACAUAAGGAGAGAGAACGAGAUAGAAGAAUAUCAAAAGCCGCUCCUGAUAAAAGGUGAGUUAAACUGUGAGCAGAUUGUAACAAUAGAUCUUACAUGAUAGCACAGUGACCUUUAUAUAACAAUCAAGGGGAAUGGGAAAAAAAGAAGAAAAUAUUAUACAAAGUUGCAUCAUAACGAAUUUUUACUGCUGUUCCCUUCAACAGGUCUAAACUUCAGCGUGACAAGGAGCGUGACAUUAGUGAACAGAUUGCGUUAGGCCUAGCCUCAGCCCCUCCCUCUCAGGAAGCGUUGUAUGAUCAACGGUUAUUCAAUCAAGACAAGGUAAUGUACGGCUUAAAUCAGUCAGUACCUAAUGGUGACCGAUUUUCGAUCCUUUGAUGUAGUCAUGGAAAUCCAGGUGGACUAUGCAGUAAACCAACCACAAUGUUAUACUUCUCGUAAUAUUUGCAUGGGGAAACCUUAAAUUCCGUUUGGAAAGUUAAAUAGUUUGAAAAAUAUGAUAAAAUAAUAAUGGCUGUUUUCAUAAUAAAGACUGACAAAUCGUUUGGACUGUCAAGUUCGUCUAAUAGGGUCACACUUUUGACCACUUAUCCCUCUAGUCGAACAGACCAAUCAUUCUCAAAAAUUGCCGUAAUCAAAGGACAAAAUCGCAAAACUUUAACGUCCAAAAUUGUCUACUCUCAUGAAGCUUCUCGAAACCCGAAACCUUCGUUCUUUCUGCAACGAUGUUGUGUUGUUUCAGGGCUAGGGUCUAUUUUGCGAGAGCUUCCUUCCUCCCUUGCCCAAAAGCAUUCGGCUUCCAUUUGUGAAUCAAAAACUGCUUCAUAGUGUUAUUCACUUUUGAAGCGACCUGAAAUGACCGUUUCGUCCGUUAGGGUCUGAAUUCUGGUUAUGGAGGAGAAGAUGACGUCUACAAUGUGUAUGACAAGGCCUGGAGACGAGAGGGUAGCACAGCAAACGCUAUCUACCGGCCAAGUAAGAAUGUCGACAGAGACGUGUACGGAGAUGAUUUGGAGAAGCUGGUUCAAACCAACAGGUGAGUUGUCACGUGACCGCUACUGCACGUGCUUAGUAGGUGGGAAAAAAUACGGCAGGCAUUUACUUCACACUGACUACCAAAGAAAACUUGCUGGAGUCAUUAUGGGUUUAAGGUGCGAGAACGGCCUUAAGAGCGGUGUAAGAAAGCAGAAGUAUCCCGUCAGAGGAUAUGGCGAAAUAUGUGUUGAAAAUAAUUUCUAGACACCAUCACCAGCUUGAACUACUUGCAAAAUACCAGCAUAUAGUUAAAAGUACCUUAGUUUCUUGAAUAAGCGCCCGGGAGCUUAUUUGAAAUUACGGCUAAGAUGGGGGGUGCUUAUUUGAAGGAGGGCGCUUAAUCGAAGGGGGCACUCAUUAGAGAGCUUAAGAUUUGAGAACGAGUACGAGUACGAGAUUUAACUACACCACAGAAAGUUUCAUUUUACUUUUUUUUUUCUCCAAAAACGUUAGUACGGUUAUUUAUACUGAAGAAGGCUAAGCCCUCUCCCGGUAGCAAAAUGAUAAAACUGCCUACUUUUGAUAACUUGUUCCUGCCACUACGACAUUUUCGCUGAAACUUGUAGUAGAAUGAUGACGGCUAUCACGUUUUCCCGCCAAAAUGACGCUGGUUCACGCGUGAGCAAUACACAGUAUUGUGAAAAUCUGGUACUCGUAGUCGUCCUCGUCUCGGAAUCUAAAGUUCUCUAUUAUAAAGUUAACCUUUCAAAGAAGUGUGGGUUUGGGGCGCUUGUUUGAUAGUAAUAUGGCCUAGGAGGUGGGUGCUUGUUCUGGGGAGGGCUCUAAUUAGAGCACAGGCGUUCUUUCGAGGAAAUACGAUAUCUGUUUACUGAAACUGUUCUGUCCCUAGGUUUCAACCUGACCAAGGGUUUGCUGGAACGGAUCGUAGUCAGCGCCGUGAUGGCCCAGUGCAGUUCGAGAAAGAAGAAGAAGAUCCUUUCGGUCUUGAUAAGUUUCUUACAGAAGCUAAAAAGGGCAAGAGACCUCUGGACGAACCUUCACGGUCAAGGUUAGUGUGCUCGUCACCAUUUUCUGGUGAUUUGUUGACUUCGUUUUUAUUUUUAACUUGUAAAUGUUUGGGAAAAUAUUCGUUUUCUUUUUGGCGCCAAAAAACGAGGUUUUAGUCCCUAUGCCCCAUUUGUAAUUGUUUCGCCCUGCUUUUGGUCGGUUUUAUGGCUUAAGGAACGAGUCAUAUUGUAUUUGUAGCGUGCUUGUUUCGGGGUGCUCUUGUUACGUUCACCGCCUCACUACUAAAAAAUCAUGUCCUCUUUAGCAGUUUUGAGUCGAACGACCUGUCUCCAUCUGAUACGAUCCCUCAAGAUGAUACAUAGGAGCACGUAGGCGAUCAAGAUUUCCUGUCCGAUCACGAUAAGACUUCCGGUAAUCGAGUUCACAUCCGUUUCACAUAUCACGACCAGACUUUCUUUAGACGGGCCGACUUCCAUUUUAGACGACCGGACUCAGUUCGUGCGUAUUGGACAUGUGUGCCAGUGCCAAUGAAAAGAAAAUGAUCUAACCUGCGCUCUUGUUUGUGGCGCGGGAAAACAUAAGCCAGCACCGAACGCGAAAACUUAUUUGUAGCCAGUGAAAGGCACACGUUAAAAUGGUUAAAUGCAGGAAACAUAAAUGUAUAGUCAGUGCUAAUGGCGGGGGAAAGGUAACUAGCGCCAUGGGCUUCGCCAAAGACAGGAAGCAAACUAUAACAUGCAGGAAUACAUGUACCGGCAAUGUUGCAAACUUUUGUUCAGCGCAGACACUUCUAGUUAAGUGCCAAGCGUGGGAAAGCUAUUCUAAUACUUUUUCCUCUUUUUCUCUUUUCUUUUCUUUCUUAGGGAUCACGACAGUCGUAGCUCGAAGAGAAAGCGGUAAAAAUAGUCGCCAGGAAAAAGCAUCAAAUUUUAUGUUGAACAAGGAAGCAAGAAAACUUGUUGGAUAA